CAAACACCAAGAACUAAAACUAAACAGUCUCCUCUUGAAUCUAUGUGCAUCAGAAAAACACACACACACGCACUUACUUGUUGUAGCAUAAUCUAGUACUGCUAGUCCGAUGAAAAAGAUGAUGCGUGCAUCUGUAAUAUCAAUAAUAUAUAUACUAUCUAUAUCAUCAUCAUGGGUUGCUGCUGAUGAGUUUGUAAGAGAUGGGAAAGUGUUGGAGCUUGAUGACUCCAAUUUCGACAAGGCCAUCUCUACUUUUGAUUACAUCUUCGUUGAUUUCUAUGCUCCUUGGUGUGGCCACUGCAAGCAUCUUGCUCCCCAGUUGGACAAAGCCGCUUCAGCCCUUUUUGAAUCGAAGGAUUCCAUUGUAAUUGCGAAAGUAAAUGCAGACAAAUAUACACGCCUGGCUUCUAAAUAUGAAAUCGAUGGUUUUCCAACCCUAAAGAUAUUUAUGCAUGGAACUCCAACUGAAUAUAGAGGACCAAGACAAGCUAAAUUAAUUGUUCAGUACUUGAAGAAAUUUGUUGCUCCUGAUGUAUCAGUCCUCGAUUCUGACUCUUCCAUUAGUCGAUUUGUUGAAGCAGCAGGCACCCCGUUUCCUAUAUUUAUAGGCUUCGGUCUAAAUGAAUCUGUGAUAUCAGAUUUGGCAGUUAAGUACAAGAAAAAGGCAUGGUUUUCUGUCGCAAAAGAUUUUUCUGAGGACAUUAUGGUAUUGUAUGAUUUUGAUAAAGAACCUGCUCUGGUUGUCCUCCAUCCAAACUAUAAUGAACAGGCCAUAUUCUAUGGGCCAUUUGAAGACAAGUUCUUGGAAGACUUUAUCAAACAGAGUUUAUUCCCUUUGGUUCUUCCAAUAAAUCAAGAUUCCUUAAAGACAUUAAGAGAUGAUGAGAGGAAGAUUGUUGUGACAAUUGUGGAGGACGAAACGACAGAAAAAUCAAAGGAACUUUUCAAGGUACUGAAAGCUGCUGCAUCUGCAAACCGAGAUUUGGUAUUUGGUUAUGUUGGCGUAAAACAAUGGGAGGAUUUCACCGAAUCAUUUGAGGUGUAUAAGAAAACCGUCCUACCAAAGAUGAUUGUUUGGGAUGGAGAUGAGCAAUACUUCACAGUAAUCGGUUCAGAUAGCAUCAGUGAUGAGGAUCAGAGGUCACAAGUUACUCGAUUUAUUGAGGCAUAUCGAGCCGGAAGUGUGAUACAAAAACAAAUUAGUGGUCCGUCACUAAUGGGCUUUAUUAAGUCAUUGAUCGGUAUCAGAUCUGUGUACAUUCUUGUUUUUGUGAUUGCAAUGAUAAUGCUCAUCUUAACCAUCGGUAAAGAAGAACCUCUGAGGGUAGGUACUAGAGAGCAGCUCAAUGCCGUCUCUGAGGCUGAGCGCAGAGAACUACAUUCAUCGGCAGACAAGGAAGAUUAAUCCCAGGUUUUGCUAGAGAUGUAAACUUUGACCAGAUCUAUUUGCAUAGAUUAAGUAGGCGUUUCAUAUAAGAUACCCGGGACUCGUAUAAUAUCUUCAAGAAUUGUAAGUUGGCCACAUUUUAGUUCUGUUCUCUGUCAGUUAAUGGUAAAACUUUUUGAACUUGAUGGAUUAUCCAGUUUCAGACCUUAUAUAAAUUUAAACUAUAUAAAUUUCAGUCCA